UCCCAGGGGUGGGGCGGCCCAGCCCCCGGCACUUCCUCGUCUUCUGCCCCAUCCCCCAGCCCCAGCCCAGGAGCCUGAGAGGCGCUGAGGGGCCGGCCCCUCGCCCGAGCCGCUGCCCUGUACCCCCGGACCCGAGGCUGGACGCGGUGAGCGGGACGCUGUUCCCCCAGAUUCCCGCCCUCAGGGCUGAGCUAUCCUCAUGGAAGGGAGAGGACCAUACCGGAUCUACGACCCUGGGGGUGGCGUGCCUCCAGGAGAGGCAUCCGCAGCUUUUGAGCGCCUAGUGGAGGAGAAUUCCCGGCUGAAGGAAAAAAUGCAAGGGAUAAAGAUGUUAGGGGAGCUUUUGGAAGAGUCCCAGAUGGAAGCAUCCAGACUCCGGCAGAAGGCAGAGGAGCUAGUAAAGGACAAUGAGCCGCUCCCACCACCUUCUCCCUCCUUGGGCUCCUUCGACCAGCUGGCUGAACUCACAGGAACGGACCCAAAUGUCCCAGCAACUCCCACUGCCCCUACAUGCCCCAGUGACAAGCCAGCACCAGCCCAGAAGCCUCCAUCCAGUGGCACCUCCUCUGAAUUUGAAGUGGUCCCCACUGAGGAACAGAAUUCUCCACCAGAGAGUGGCGGCCGCACCAACACAAUGGAGCUGGGCCCCCUGCCCCACGAGGACAGCAACCUGAUGCUGCACCUGCAGCGCCUGGAGACCACGCUGAGUGUGUGUGCGGAGGAGCCGGACCACAGCCAGCUCUUCACCCACCUGGGCCGCAUGGCCCUCGAGUUUAACCGGCUGGCCUCCAAGGUGCACAAGAAUGAGCAGCGCACCUCCAUCCUGCAGACCCUAUGUGAGCAGCUUCGGAAAGAGAAUGAGGCUCUGAAGGCCAAGCUGGACAAGGGCCUGGAACAGCGGGAUCAGGCUGCUGAGAGGCUGCGGGAGGAAAAUAUGGAGCUCAAGAAGUUGCUGAUGAGCAGUGGCAACAAAGAAGGUGCCUCCGGGUGGCCACUCUCACCGAAGAUGGAAGGUGCAGGCAAGAAGGAGGUGGCCGGACAGCAGCAGGCCAGUAUGACAGCGGGUAAGGGCCCGGAGGUGGGAGCCUUGGGUGCAGCCGAGAAGAAGGUGAAGAUGCUAGAGCAGCAGCGCACUGAGCUGCUGGAAGUGAACAAGCAGUGGGACCAGCAUUUCCGGUCCAUGAAGCAGCAGUAUGAGCAGAAGAUCACUGAGCUGCGCCAGAAGCUGGCGGACCUACAGAAGCAGGUGACUGAGCUGGAGGCUGAACGGGAACAGAAACAGCGUGACUUUGACCGAAAGCUCCUGCUGGCCAAGUCCAAGAUUGAAAUGGAAGAGACCGACAAGGAGCAACUGACAGCAGAGGCCAAGGAGCUGCGCCAGAAGGUUAAGUACUUGCAGGAUCAGCUGAGCCCACUCACCCGGCAGCGCGAGUACCAGGAAAAGGAGAUCCAGCGGCUCAACAAGGCCCUGGAGGAGGCACUGAGCAUCCAGGCCCCUCCUUCAUCUCCACCAACAGCAUUUGGGAGCCCAGAAGGAGCAGGGGGCCUCCUAAGGAAGCAGGAGCUGGUCACACAGAAUGAAUUGCUGAAACAGCAGGUGAAGAUAUUCGAAGAGGACUUCCAGAGAGAGCGCAGCGAUCGGGAGCGCAUGAACGAAGAGAAGGAAGAACUGAAGAAGCAGGUGGAGAGGCUACAGGCCCAGGUCACCCUGUCAAAUGCUCAGCUGAAAGCUUUCAAAGACGAGGAGAAGGCCAGAGAAGCCCUCAAACAGCAGAAGAGGAAAGCAAAGGCCUCAGGAGAGCGCUACCAUGUGGAGCCCCACCCGGAGCACCUCUGCGGGGCCUACCCCUAUGCCUAUCCGCCCAUGCCAGCCAUGGUGCCUCACCACGGCUUUGAGGACUGGUCCCAGAUCCGCUACCCCCCACCCCCCAUGGCCAUGGAGCACCCAGCCCCACUUCCCAACUCACGCCUCUUCCAUCUGCCGGAAUACACCUGGCGCCCACCCUAUGGAGGAAUUCGAAAUCAGAGCUCCCAAGUGAUGGACCCGUCCCCAGCCAGGCCUGUAGAACCAGAGUCUACAAAAAAUGACCGAGAGGGGCCUCAGUGAGACCAGAUCACAUCAUUUGGUUCCACUUUCGUCUUGCAGAGCCAACUGACCUCAGAGGACCCAAAAACUAAAGGCCACAUGCUCUGUGUGGCCAGAGCCUCAUCCGGACAGGGGGCUGAGAUGGGCAGCCAGCUUGCACCCCCAGCCUGACUGAACUGUUUACAGGACUAGGGAGGCUCUGCCUGGAAGGCUUCCAUUUGGGCUCCUCCUCUGGGAGUUUCCAGGAACUCGCUACCCUGCUGCUGCGUGGAGAGGGCCUCAUUCGGCUUAGACCUGCCAUCCUUUGCUGAAACCUCCAGGAGACAUCAUUUGAGUAGGUUGUACUUGAGACCUCUUCCUUAAGAACUUCCCAGAAGUGUUCUAGCCCCUCCGAAGGGCAUACCCGGUUCUUGUGUGUGUUUAAUUUCUGCUUCAAGUUCUGUAGCAGGACCUGCCGAAUGCCCAUCCUUACCCCUGUGUGAGGAGUUGUGGGAAGAGCAGGUUUUCUCUAGAAUGGAAGAGAACAACAGGAUGUUCUGGCUCUGGUGCUCUCUUCACCUGCACUCACAAUAGUAGCCUUGCCAGAGCCAUUGCAGCUGGAAUGAAGGCCAUGCCAGCCAUGUCCACUGAGGGACUAGUAGAAGCUGGCCAGAAGCUGCCAGGCCCUGAAGUCUAAGCCCUCAGCCCUGCAGUUAGAGGGCUGUAGUGCCAGAGACCCAGAUUGAGGUGGUUGUCCAUUCCUGGGCAGCUGUUUGCACGAACUUUGGAUAUAAAUUCAAGUUGAAAAUCAA